AUGAAUGUGAUGCGUAGAUUGACGACUUUGGCUUCUGGACGCAAUUUCGUAUCUUCUGAUAACGUAGGAGAUUCCGACACGCCAAAAUCGAAACCUAUUCAGAUUCUGGAAGAAACCGAAUCCACGGAAACGACGACGUACGAGAAAGACUCUGUUUUAGAAGAGAAUACACGUGAAUCUGACUCCACUACAGAGAAUUCUGAAAUCCGCGAGAUGGGAAACGGAGAUGACAAGGAUACGGAAUGUGGGAUUAUCAAGGGAAAUGGAACAGAAUCUGGCAGGAUUAUUACAACCAAAAAGAAGGGUUUGAAUGAUCAAAGAGAAAAGACAAUCUCGUACAGAGCCGAACAUGUAGUUGGCACUGGCUCAUUCGGUGUUGUCUUUCAGGCAAAGUGCAUAGAGACGGAAGAAAAAGUAGCAAUCAAGAAAGUGUUGCAAGACAAGAGAUACAAAAACAGAGAGCUUCAGAUAAUGAGAAUGCUUGAUCAUCGCAAUGUCGUUGAGCUCAAGCAUUCUUUCUUCUCCACGACUGAGAAAGACGAGCUUUAUCUUAACCUUGUUCUCGAGUAUGUACCCGAGACUAUUUACCGCGCUUCGAGAUCUUACACCAAGAUGAAUCAGCACAUGCCCUUGAUUUACAUUCAGCUCUAUACCUACCAGAUUUGCCGUGCAAUGAAUUAUCUUCAUCGAGCUGUUGGAGUUUGUCACCGUGACAUUAAACCUCAGAAUCUAUUGGUCAAUAAUGUUACGCAUGAGGUUAAAGUAUGUGAUUUUGGGAGCGCCAAAAUGCUGAUUCCAGGAGAACCAAACAUAUCUUACAUAUGCUCAAGGUAUUACAGAGCUCCAGAGCUUAUAUUUGGAGCAACCGAGUACACAAAUGCGAUCGAUAUGUGGUCUGUUGGUUGUGUCAUGGCUGAGCUUUUCCUUGGACAUCCUCUAUUCCCUGGAGAGACUAGUGUUGAUCAACUUGUGGAGAUCAUUAAGAUUUUGGGGACACCAGCAAAAGAAGAGAUAAAGAACAUGAAUCCUCGUUACAAUGAUUUUAAGUUCCCUCAGAUCAAAGCUCAGCCUUGGCACAAGAUUUUCCGGAGACAGGUCUCUCCAGAAGCGAUGGAUCUUGCCUCUAGACUCCUCCAGUAUUCACCAAACCUGAGAAUCACAGCGCUUGAAGCAUGUGCACACCCUUUCUUCGAUGAUCUAAGAGACCCGAGCGCAUCCUUGCCUAAUGGAAGAGCACUUCCUCCAUUGUUUGAUUUCACAGCUCAAGAAUUGGCUGGUGCAUCUGUUGAAUUGCGUCACCGCUUAAUCCCUGAGCAUGCAAGGAAAUGA